UGAGUGUACCUGUGCUGCAGGUGCAAGUGUGCAGGAUGAAGGCUGCUGAGAGCGAGGUCUCGGAUGUGCACUUCAGUGUAGAUAAACAGAACAUCUCUCUCUGGCCCCGAGAGCCUCCUCCCAAGACGGGUCCAUCUCUGGUUCUGAGGAAAUCUCUCACAGUCCGGGCUGCAGUCAUCAUCCUGACGCUGGGCCUGGCUGCUUCCAUCCUGCUGCAGGCUGUUCUCUAUCCCUGGUUUAUGCGUACAAUAUCAAAUGUAAAGAACAAUGCUCAGUUGCUGAAAGGCCGUGUGGACAACAUCAGCGCUCUGGGCUCUGAGAUUAAGAGGAAUAGAGGAGGCGUGGAGGCAACCGGCAUUCAGGUCCAGAAGGUGAAUGCCAGCCUGGAUCAUGUGCGUUCUCAGAUCUGGAAGUUGGAAACUGGUGUGAAGGAAGCCAAUGCACAGAUCCAGAUGUUGACAAGAAGUUGGGAGGCGGUCAAUGACUUAAAUGCCCAAAUUCCAGAGUUAAAAAGAAAUUUGGAUAAAGCCAGUUCUUUAAAUGCAAAGGUCCAGGGACUCCAGACCAGUUUGGAGAAUAUCAGCAAGGUGCUCAAACAGCAAAAUGACAUUCUGCAGAUGGUUUCUCAAGGCUGGAAGUACUUCAAGGGGAACUUUUAUUACUUUUCUCAAGUCCCAAAGACCUGGUACAGUGCCCAGCAGUUCUGUGUGUCCAGGGACUCACACCUGACCUCAGUGGCCUCGGAGAGUGAACAGGAGUUUCUGUACAAGAUGGCAGGUGGACUUUUCUACUGGAUUGGCCUGACCAAAGCCGGGAGUGAGGGGGACUGGUACUGGGUAGAUGAUACUCCAUUUAACAAGGUCCAGAGUGCAAGGUUCUGGAUUCCAGGUGAGCCCAAUAAUUUUGGGAACAAUGAACACUGUGCCAAUAUAAAGAUGUCCUCGCUUCAGUCAUGGAAUGAUGCCUCCUGUGACAAUAAGCUCCUUUUCAUCUGUAAACGGCCCUACAUACCAUCAGAACCAUGACGGGACUGGUCCCAAGCUUGCACGUUGAGCUCCGACGCUUGUUGAAUUAGAGAAGCUGCCUCUCUUUCUUCCAUAUUCCAGGGUGACUUUGCACCUUCACUUUUCUGGCUUCAAAAUUGUCCCAGAGGCAUCCUGGAGUUCAUCCGCUUUGGUUGGGAAUUCUCUGACCCCACAGAGGCAGCUGGAGUGGAAGGGAGAUCUUGGAAAAGGAGAGGAGGGCGGAGAGGAUUUAGAAGUUCAAAUUGCCUCAGGAAGGUGAUCAGAAACUUGCGGUUCCCUUUCCCUUCAGAGAAGCCUCAGUUUUAUCACAUGAAAGUUGUUUCAGACCACCCAAGUGGUUCUCCUGAUACUGAUGUUCAGGGCUUUUCCAAUUGAUCCCCCAGAAUUCCCAUUUGCCUGCUUAGGGGGCCGUGUUCUCAGUGAGAAGAGCUCGGCUCUUAGAGACCCCGUCUAGGCCCUGUUCCCAUUGCUCUCCAUCCACAUCCCCUGAGGUCUAAGCCCCUUCUUCUCUGAGAUGGGGGCAACUGGUUCAGCUCGGGGGCUGACACGGCAAUGAGUCUCUGUUAGAGGUGGACCAGCAUCCACGCCCCUUCUUGCUCCCCUUUGCUCGGCAAACUCCGAGGCCCAGCUCUUGUCUUCUGCAGUCCUCUGCCCAGCCCCCCUGUUUCACCUCCUGCACAUCCUCUUUCAUCUGCAUUUCCUCUCUUCCCUUUAGGGACAGAGUUCACCUGCAAACUUCAUCAGAGUCAAAUGCUGCCUGGGUAAAGCACGUUUUACCUCUGUGA